CCCUCCUCCCCUCCCCAUUCCUGGCCUACCAGCCAAGAACACCGCGCGGCUGGCGGCUGCGGUUACACUACUCAAGUGUGAACAAAAAGGUCCAUGCUUCUCCCCAUCUCGCUUCCCUUUUCUGCUCCGUAAAGGCAACAGUAGCAGAUCUUGGAUUCGGCUGCAGGCGGUAGCAACGCACGCAGCAGCAGGAGUAGGAGCUGGCGUUCUGAGCGAGAGGGUGCGUGUGGUGGCCGUGGGCGGCGGCGGGGAUCUUGGGCGCGCGCGGAUCCUGGGCUCUGGCUCUGAAGGCGCCGCCGUCCUGUUUUUCUGUCCCUCAGUUUCAGAUAGUGCUUCAAUCCAAUACCGCUUCUUGCUUGCCUGAAAGAUUUGUGAACUAUGAAGCCACCUUUGGAGAGGAACCCUACCAAGAAGCGCCAUUCGUGGUGGUGGGACAGUCACAUUAGCCCCAAGAACUCGAAAUGGCUUGCAGAAAAUCUCGAAGAAAUGGAUAAGCAAGUGAAGGAAAUGCUCCAGCUGAUCGAGGAGGACGGCGACUCCUUUGCAAAGAAAGCACAGAUGUACUACCAGAGGCGUCCAAUGCUCAUCACUCAUGUCGAGAAUUUCUACAGGAUGUACCGCGCUCUAGCUGAGCGCUAUGACAAUGUCACCGGUGAAUUGCGCAAGAAUAUCCCAACAAGGCUGCAGUCAACAGGAUCUUUAGCUAGUUCAGAGUGUGGUUCUGAGCUCCAGAGGUCACCCUCACCAUCUCCUGAGCCACUACAGAGGUCAUGGACAAGAGAGCAGAGUCCUAGAGCUGCCGGCUUUGAUUUCUUCCUGAGUAACAAGAACAAUGAUUCGCCAGCAUCAAGGAAGGAGCCUGAGGAUCUGGCAUCGCAGUCAGAGUCUGAUGCGAAAUCCGAAGAUGGCGAGGAUGAUGGCAUUGCCUACACAUUGCAUCAAAGAGUUCUUGAACUUGAGGACGAGCUCAAUAUGACAAACCAGAAACUGCGUGAUGCAAAUGAAAAACUUGAGAUUUUGGAGGAGAAGAGCUUGAGGUGCCAUUGUGAUUAUAAAGAGAAUGGAAAUGUUGCUGAUCAAACAGCAAUUUUGUCCAGAGAGCACUCUAAUAUGUUGGAACAAAACAAGAAGCUAGAAGCUGACAUUAUUGAGCUCAAGGAAGAAGUGGAUUCAGCAAGAAGGCAAUUUGAAGAGGAAUUGUCUGAAAGGGAUGGAGAAAUUAGCAAGUUAAAGCAAGACCUUGCUGAUGCUUCAGAGAAAUUGCUACAAGAGAAGUGCACUAAUGGUGCGCGAAUAUCUGAGCUGCAAAAAUCGGUUAAAGACAUCAGGUCCAAACUAGAGAGAGUUUCUGAAGAGAAAUUACUAGUUGAGAAGCAGGUUAAGGAGCUGGAGGAAGCAAAUGCUGAAGCUGAAAAGUACAGUCAAGAACUGACUGAAGACGCUGAAAGGCUUUCAGAGGAGAAGUUCAGGCAUGAAGCUGAGAUUCUCACAAUGCAGCAGAGCAUUGAAAAUCUGAAGUCCAGAAUUGAGAGCCUUGCUCAAGAGAAAUCGUUGAUGACAACAUGGUUCUCAGACUUGGAGCAAGUUGUGGGGCGGGGAAGGAGCAUUUUCGUCGGGUAACCAAGUUUUAUCGGAAAUAUCAGUAGCUAGAAUUUAGCAAGUUAGCAACAUUUUAUUUUUUCCAUAUAUAUACCAUCAUGUGAAAUUAAGAAGCCCUACCAUACGUAAGUGUACUACCAUUGUCCUUGCUUGAAUUUUUACUUACGACGUGAGGGAUGGUGGUGAUGUACUAGUGAUACUUGAGAUAUUGUACUGAACUUACUCCUCGGUAAUAAAAUGCCCAUGGUGCACUUGCAGGUUCA